AUGUUCCACCACGACGAAAAGCACUGGGGCCCAGCCGGGCCCAACGCCGGUGUGCUGCAAGACAAUGAUCCUGGUAUGUACCCCGUGGGUUAUGACGACCACGACGCCACAACGCAGGGUUCCCACGACGACGACGAUGUAGACUCGACCGCUCCUCCGUCCGUGAGGAGGCAGAGGACCGCCCGUGCUUCAGAGGACCUGAGGAGGACGGCGAGCAAUGUCCUGUCCACCAUCGCCUCGCGUAUCACGACGCGAGGCUGGCCUGAACCACCGCCUCCUCCCGAUGGCGGUGCCAAGGCCUGGACCCAGGUGGCUUGUGGAUGGGUCGCCAUAUUCGUAACAUGGGGUUACCUCAACUCCUUUGGGAGCUUUCAGACGUACUAUGAGCAGACAAUGCCCGACACGCCGCCCUCGACUAUCUCCUGGAUCGGCUCCCUACAGAUCUGGCUGACAAUGGUCAGCGGAGUCUUUUCAGGCCGGCUCCUCGACGCCGGCUUCUUUGUGCCGACCUUCUUCGUCGGCGCCGUUCUCCAAGUCCUCGGCAUGUUCCUCAUGAGCAUCUCAAAGACAUACUGGCAGCUCAUGCUGACGCAAGGUGUGCUCACUGGCAUUGGCGGCGGUAUUUUCUUUACGCCUUCGCUGGCCCUUGUGACUACCUAUUUUGACAAGAGACGCGGGCUGGCCAUGGGGCUCGUCACGACGGGCAACUCGGUCGGUGGGAUCAUCUACCCGCUGGUGGUCCGGCAGCUGAUCCCCAAGCUGGGCUUCGGCUGGACCUCGCGCGUUCUGGCCUUCAUCAACCUGACGGCGCUGGCCGUCUGCCUAGGCUUCAUGCGUCCACGCCUGCCGCCGCGCAAAUCCGGGCCGCUCAUCGACUGGGCCGCGUUCCGGGAGCCCGUGUUCGACGCCUUCCUCUCGGGCUGGUGGCUCAUCAUGUGGGCCAACUACUACACCUUCUACUACAUCGCGUCCUUCGCCGUCGAGGACCUCGCCAUGUCGUACUCGGCCGCCUCCGUGCUCGUCAUGGUCCUCAACGGCGCCGGGCUGCCCUUCCGCGUCAUCGUGCCCCUGUUCUCGGACCGCUUCGGCCCGCUCAACGUGCUGAUGCCCGUCGUGUUCGUCUGGGUCAUUGUCUCGUUCUGCUGGCUGGCUGUUCACAGUAUCGGCGGGUACUAUGCCUUCACUGCGGUCUAUGGGGCGACUUCUGGGGCGUUCCAGUGCUUGAUACCGACCACCAUUGCCAGCAUCACGGACCGACUGGACAAGGUCGGGACAAGAAUGGGCAUGGCUUUUGCCAUUAUCAGUGUCGCGUCCAUGACUGGGCCUCCAGUUGGAGGGGCUAUACGAAGCUCAGGUCCUGGCUCAUUUUUGGGGCCACAGUUAUGGGCAGCUUGCUCCUUACUGGUCGGAUUCGUUCUCUGUCUCGUUGCGAGGUGGGCGAGGGGUGGGCUUAACUUGCGGACGAAAUGUUAG